UGAACUUCGUAACAGGUGUGCAAUGCAUGUCAAGUAGCAGACAUAAUCUAAUCUUUUGUAAAGUCUGAAGGGUUCUUAAGCUAUAUAGAAUCGACUCUGAGAUACUGUGCUCAUCCUGCUGCUCUUUAGCGAAUUCAGACUUCUGCAAUAUCAACUUCGAAUACUCCCUCUGAAAAGUGUAUGAACGGGCAUUUCGACCGCUUCUCAAAUCAAUUUGCAGUCUGCAAUUAGUCGUCGCUUUGAUGUCGAUAAUUGCGCAAAUUACCUUGAAAUGCUGUCCUCGCCCAUGUCGAGGUAUAAAAGCCACGAGCUUUGUUCUCAUCGGCUUAGCAAUUGUGCGGCACACGAAGGUAACAGUUAUGGCGACAAUUUUGAACAAAAGAAGCGUAUAUUUUGGCGUUGUUUGGCAGGCAUUUAUUGCCUUGGGCGGUGUCGACUUAUACGACAGGAAUUAUGGAGCCAUCCGCUACUGGGGGGCUGUGCUCCUGAAUAUUCUCGUGACUUUAGGGUUUCCGGUAAUGCUUUUUAUGACCAUGUUUAGCUUCGAGCUGCCGCUGGACAAUCUGAUCAACUUCAAUAUAUCGCUCACCUCGGCGGCCGCCUCAAUCAAAUUCGUAAUGUAUGCCAUUCGGCUAAAGAAGAUUGCCGAGAUCGAGCAGAUAGUGGCUGAGCUGGACAGGCGUGUGGACACGGAUGAACAGCGUUCAUAUCAAGCCGGAAUGAGCAGAAGGCUACAAAUUAUGUCUACAGUAUACAAAUAUAUUUAUGGCUGCGUCGUUGUGACCUCGUCCGUAUCGUUUUUAUUUCGCGCGGAACGCUCUUUGCCAUUUCCGGCCUGGUUUCCAUUGGACUGGACAACGUCGCUGACCGCUUAUAUGUUUGCUGUGCUUCAUCAGAUUCUCGCAAUUGUCAUACAGGUGCUGCAGAACUUUGUCGAUGACUUGUUCCCACCCAUGAUCUUUCUGAUCAUUGUGGGUCAAUGCGAGCUGCUCGUCCAGCGCCUUUCGCUUAUUGGCUACGACCAGUGCGACCAGCUUGCCAAUGAGCGAAAGCUAAUCGGAUGCAUACGCGAUCAUAAGAAGCUCUUUGGGCUACACCAGCUCACCAUGGACAUCAUCUCGUGGCCUUUGUUGGUGCAGUUCGUGGUGAUUUCCAUCGACGUGGGCACUGCCCUGUGUGCUCUACUCUUUUACGCCGAGAACAUGAACGAUAAGGUCUACUUUACCACCUUUAUUUUCGCAAUGAGCAUGCAAAUAUUUCCCAUUUGCUACUAUGGCACUAUGGUGGAAUAUUCUUUUGGAUAUUUGCACUAUGCAGUCUACAGCAGCAACUGGGUCGAUCAGAGCAUUUCCUAUCGCAAGAGUGUGCUUAUCUUCGCAGAGCGCACGCAGCGGCUGCCUAAACAGAUUGCCGGCAACUUUAUACCAAUUGCCCUAACCACUUUUCUAGCUAACUGCAAGGCUGCGUACUCCUUCUGUACUCUACUCGCAGAUACUGGAUCUCAGAAGUAA